AUGAACGUGAAUAACACGGAGCAGGAUUUUGGCCACGCCAAACCCGAUUCUGACGCUAUGCACCCAAAGAAUAAGGACAGGGCCGACAGACCAGGGCUAACCUCUUAUCUGCGUGCCAAAUUGGACAGCAAGAAGCGGCACGGCAUGGUUGGGUCAUCACAAACG